GUAUGACAUCACAAGACUGCGCCGCGCUCCCGCCUUCCCGAUUCUGCUGACGAAAGUGUCCAAACCCAGAGAAUCUCCUGCUGAAGCGACUGACCUCAGACUGUUAUAAAGAUGGCGUUGAUAAAAGAGGAGAGUGAAGACAUGAUGACUGAAGAAACACUUACAGUCAAACAGGAAGAUGCUGAGGAAGAAGCAGAUCUGAUUGUGAUGAAAUUGGAGGACGAUGAAAAGAGCAUGAAUUUCGGUCACCAAGUAGACUUUGAAACUCACACUGAAGAGAAUUCUCACAUUUGCCCUGAGUGUGGAGAGAGCUUUGAACUUAAAGAGUCUUAUGAUGCCCACAUGGAAAUCCACACCGGAGAGAUGUCCUACACGUGCCUUCAGUGUGGAAAGAGUUUUACAAGCGAAGCUCGUUUUAAUAUCCAUUUGAGCAUUCACUCUGGAAUCAAGCCUUUCACCUGCCAGUACUGUGGUAAAGGUUUUAAAAAUAGUGCAUAUUUCAGAGGCCAUAUGAGGAGGAAGCACGCUGGAGAGAAGCCUUACUCCUGUCAACAAUGUGGAGCGUGUUUCUAUACAAGCAAAAAACUCAAGGCCCACAUCAGAGCUCACUCUAAAAAGGAGACCAUUGCCUGCGAACUGUGUGGAAAACGUGUAAAAAGGAAAAGCAUUAAAAGUCACAUGAGGAUUCACACCGGAGAGAAACCUUACUCGUGCUCUUACUGUGGAAUGAGCUUCUCUUUUAAUGUCUCUCUUAAAAAUCACAUGGUAAGUCACACUGGCGAGAAGCCUUACUCGUGCUCCAUAUGUGGAAAGAGUUUUAUUCAGCAAGGACACCUCAAUGCACACAUGAUAUGUCACAGCAACGAGAGGCCCCACUCGUGCUCACAGUGUGGAAAGAGUUUUAAAACACAGAUAGCCCUUAAGAGUCAUAUGAGGAGUCACAGCAGCGAAAAGCCUUACUCAUGCUUUCUGUGUGAAAAGAGUUUUAAUCAACCAGCAGACCUAAAUGCACACAUAAAAACUCAUACUGAUGAGAGGCCUUACUCGUGCUCCAAAUGUGGAAAGGGUUUUAUAAGCCAAGGACGCCUUAAUGCGCACAUGAAAUUUCACACCGCUGAGAAGCCUUACUCCUGCUCUGAGUGUGGAAGGAGUUUUAAAACCCAAGACUGUGUUAACAGGCACAUGAAAUGGCACACUGUGGAGAAACCUUACUCAUGCUCCAUAUGUGGAAAGAGUUUUGUUCAGCAAGGACAACUCAAUGCACACAUGAUAACUCACAGCGACGAGAGGCCCUACUCGUGCUCUCAAUGCGGAAAGUGUUUUAAAAGCCAACGAAAUGUUAAGAUGCACAUGGAAACUCACACUGACAAGAAGCUUAACUCGCGCUCUCAAUGUGAAAAAGCUUUUAUAAACCAAGAAUGCCUUGACAAGCCCAUGCAAAUGCACAGUGGUGAGAAAUCCUACUCGUGCUCUCAAUGCGGAAAGAGUUACAAAAGCCAAAAAUAUGUUAAAAGGCACAUGAAACUUCACGCUGUUGAGAAGCGCUACUCUUGCACUAAGUGUGAACAGAGUUUUACUCAACGAAGACGUUUUAAUGCCCACAUGAGAACUCACACCGGCAAGAAGCCUCACUCGUGCUCUCAGUGUGGAAGGAGUUUUUCUGUACAAGCACUCCUCAACAGGCACAUGAGAGUUCACGCUAACGAGAAAUCCUAUUCGUGCUCUGAGUGUGAAAAGACUUUUAAAAGCCAAGAAUGUCUUAGCGAGCACAUGACGAUUCACACCGGAAAGGAACUCUACUCUUGCGAGGAAGUCGAGAAGUCUUACUCGUGCUCUCAGUGUGGAAAGAGUUUUGAAAGCCAAGAAUGUCUUAGCAAGCACAUGAAGAGUCACACCAACAAGAAAUCUUAUUCGUGCUCCGAGUGUGGAAAGACUUUUGUAAUCCGCGGGUGUUUUAUCAAACACAUGAAGAUUCACACCAGAGAGAAGCUCUACUCUAGUGAAGAAGUCGAGAAGUCUUACUUGUGCUCUCAGUGUGGAAAGAGUUUUAAAAGCCAAGAAUGUCUUAGCGAGCACAUGACGAUUCACACCGGAGAGGAGCUCUACUCUUGCGAGGAAGUCGAGAAGUCUUACUCGUGCUCUCAGUGUGGAAAGAGUUUUAAAAGCCGAGAAUGUCUUCGGGAGCACAUGGGAAUUCAUACUAACAAGAAAUCUUAUCCAUGCUUUGAGUGUGGAAAGACCUUUAGAAUCCGAGGAUGCUUUAUCAAACACAUGAAGAUUCACACCAGAGAGAAGCUCUACUCUAGUGGAGAAGUCGAGAAGUCUUACUCGUGCUCUCAGUGUGGAAAGAGUUUUUACAUACAAGCACUCCUCAACAGGCACAUGAGAGUUCACACUAACGAGAAAUCUUAUUCGUGCUAUGAGAAUGACAAGAGUUUUAAAAGCCAAGAAUGUCUUAGCGAGGACAUGAAGAUUUACACCGGAGAGGAGCUCUACUCCUGUGGAGAAGUCGAGAACUCUUACUCGUGCUCUCAGUGUGGAAAGAGUUUUGAAAGCCAAGAAUGUCUUAGCGAGCACAUCAAAGUUCACACCAACAAGAAAUCUUAUUCGUGCUCCGAGUGCGGAAAGACUUUUGUAAUCCGAGGGUGCUUUAUCAAACACAUGAAGAUUCACACCAGAGAGAAGCUCUACUCUUGCGAGGAAGUCGAAAAGUCUUACUCGUGCCCUCAGUUUGGAAAGAGUUUUGAAAGCCAAGAAUGUCUUAGCAAGCACAUGAAGAUUCACACCGGAGAGGAGCUCUACUCAAGUGGAGAAGUCGAGAAGUCUUACUCGUGCUCUCAGUGUGGAAAGAGUUUUGAAAGUCAAGAAUGUCUUAGCAAGCACAUGAAGAUUCACACCGGAGAGGAGCUCUACUCAAGUGGAGAAGUCGAGAAGUCUUACUCGUGCUCUCAGUGUGGAAGGAGUUUUAAAAGUCAAGAUUGUCUUAGCGAGCACAAUAAAAUUCACACCGGAGAGGAGCUCUACUCUUGCGAGGAAGUCGAGAAGUCUUACUCAUGCUCUCAGUGUGGAAAGACUUUUGAAAGCCAAGAAUGUCUUAGCGAGCACAUCAAAGUUCACACCAACAAGAAAUCUUAUUCGUGCUCCGAGUGUGGAAAGACUUUUGUAAUCCGAGGAUGCUUUAUCAAACACAUGAAGAUUCACACCAGAGAGAAGCUCUACCCUAGUGGAGAAGUCGAAAAGUCUUACUCGUGCUCUCAGUGUGGAAAGAGUUUUUAUAUACAAGCACUCCUCAACAGGCACAUGAGAGUUCACACUAACGAGAAAUCAUAUUCGUGCUCUGAGAGUGAAAAGAGUUUUGAAAGCCCAGAAGGUCUUAGCGAGGACACGAACAUUCACACUGGAGAGGAGCUCUACUCUUGCGAGGAAGUCGAGAAGUCUUACUCGUGCCCUCAGUUUGGAAAGAGUUUUGAAAGCCAAGAAUGUUUUAGCGAGCACAUAACGAUUCACAACGGAGAGGAGCUCUACCCUAGUGGUGAAGUCGAGAAGUCUUGCUCAUGCUCUCAGUGUGGAACGAGUUUUAAAAGCCAAGAAUGUCUUAGCGAGCACAUGAAAAUUCACACUAACAAGAAAUCUUAUUCGUGCUCCGAGUGUGGAAAGACUUUUGUAAUCCGAGGAUGCUUUAUCAAACACAUGAAGAUUCACACCAGAGAGAAGCUCUACUCUUGCGAGGAAGUCGAGAAGUCUUACUCGUGCCCUCAGUUUGGAAAGAGUUUUGAAAGCCAAGAAUGUUUUAGGGAGCACAUAACGAUUCACAACGGAGAGGAGCUCUACCCUAGUGGUGAAGUCGAGAAGUCUUGCUCAUGCUCUCAGUGUGGAACGAGUUUUAAAAGCCAAGAAUGUCUUAGCGAGCACAUGAAAAUUCACACUAACAAGAAAUCUUAUUCGUGCUCCGAGUGUGGAAAGACUUUUGUAAUCCGAGGAUGCUUUAUCAAACACAUGAAGAUUCACACCAGAGAGACGCUCUACUCUAGUGGAGAAGUCGAGAAGUCUUACUCGUGCUCUCAGUGUGGAAGGAGUUUUAAAAGUCAAGAAUGUCUUAGCGAGCACAUGAAGAUUCACACCGGAGAGGAGCUCUACUCUAAUGGAGAAGUCGAGAAGUCUUACUUGUGCUCUCAGUGUGGAAGGAGUUUUAAAAAUCAAGAUUGUCUUAGCGAGCACAAUAAAAUUCACACCGGAGAGGAGCUCUACUCUUGUGAGAAAGUCGAGAACUCUUACUCGUGCUCUCAGUGUGGAAAGACUUUUGGAAGCCAAGAAUGUCUUAGCGAGCACAUGAAAAUUCACACUAACAUGAAAUCUUAUUCGUGCUCCGCGUGUGGAAAGACUUUUGUAAUCCGAGGAUGCUUUAUCAAACUAAUGAAGAUUCACACCAGAGAGAAGCUCUACUCUAGUGGAGAAGUCGAGAAGUCUUACCCGUGCUCUCAGUGUGGAAAGAGUUUUGAAAGUCAAGAAUGUCUUAGCGAGCACAUGAAGAUUCACACUGGAGAGGAGCUCUACUCUAGUGGAGAAGUCGAGAAGUCUCACUCGUGCACUCAGUGUGGAAAGAGUUUUAAAAGUCAAGAUUGUCUUAGCAAGCACAUGAAGAGUCACACCAACAAGAAAUCUUAUUCAUGCUCUGAGUGUGGAAAGACUUUUGUAAUCCGAGGAUGCUUUAUCAAACACAUGAAGAUUCACACCAGAGAGAAGCUCUACUCCAGUGGAGAAGUCGAGAAGUCUUACUCGUGCUCUCAGUGUGGAAAGAGUUUUUAUAUACAAGCACUCCUCAACAGGCACAUGAGAGUUCACACUAACGAGAAAUCCUAUUCGUGCUCUGAGAAUGACAAGAGUUUUAAAAGCCAAGAAUGUCUUAGCGAGGACACGAAGAUUCACUCCGGAGAGGAGCUCUACUCCUGUGGAGAAGUCGAGAAGUCUUACUCAUGCUCUCAGUGUAGAAAGAGUUUUGAAAGCCAAGAAUGUCUUAGCGAGCACAUGACGAUUCACAAUGGAGAGGAGCUCUACACCUGCGAGGAAAUCGAGAAGUCUUACUCAUGCUCUCAGUGUGGAAAUAGUUUUAAAAGCCAAGAAUUUCUUAGGGAGCACAUGGAAAUUCAUACUAACAAGAAAUCUUAUUCGUGCUCCGAGUGUGGAAAGACUUUUAUAAUCCGAGGAUGCUUUAUCAAACACAUGAAGAUUCACAUCAGAGAGAAGCUCUACCCUAGUGGAGAAGUCGAAAAGUCUUACUCGUGCUCUCAGUGUGGAAAGAGUUUUUAUAUACAAGCACUCCUCAACAGACACAUGAGAGUUCACAAUAACAAGAAAUCAUAUCCGUGCUCUGAGAGUGAAAAGAGUUUUGAAAGCCCAAAAGGUCUUAGCGAGGACACGAACAUUCACACUGAAGAGGAGCUCUACUCUUGUGAGGAAGUCGAGAAGUCUUACUUGUGCUCUCAGUGUGGAAAGAGUUUUUCAAACGAAGGUCAUUUUAAUACCCAUUUAAGCAUUCACUCUGGAAUUAAGCCUUUUACCUGCCAGUACUGUGGUAAAUGUUGCCGCAAUAGUCAUAAUUUCAGAGUUCAUAUGAGGAGGAAGCAUGCUGAAGAGAAGCCUUACUCCUGUCAACAAUGUGGAACGUGUUUCUAUACACUCAAAACAUUCAAAGCCCACAUCAGAACUCACUCUGAAAAGGAGACCUUUGACUGUCAACUGUGUGGCAAACAUUUAAAUUGCAAAACAAGCAUUAAAGGUCACAUGAGGAUUCACACCGGAGAGAAACCUUACUCAUGCCCUUACUGUGGAAUGAGCUUCUCUUUUAACGGCUCUCUUAAAAAUCACAUGGUAAGUCACACUGGCGAGAAGCCUUACUCCUGCUCCAUAUGUGGAAAGAGUUUUAUUCAACAAGGACACCUCAAUGCACACAUGAUAUCUCACAGCGACAUGAGGCCUUACUCGUGCUCUCAAUGCGGAAAGAGUUUCAAAAGCAAACGAAGUGUUAGAAUGCACAUGGAAACUCACACCAACGAGAAGCCUCGCUCGUGCUCUCAGUGUGGGAAGAGUUUUAAAAGCCAACAAGGUGUUUGGAAGCACAUGGAAACUCACACCGACAAGAGACCUCACUCGUGCUCUCAACGUGAAAAGAGUUUCCCUUCACUAGGAAGUCUCAGCAAGCACAGGAAAAUCCACUCUAACAAGAAAUCCUUUCAGUGCUCCGACUGUGGAAAGACUUUUGCACUCCGAGGGUCUCUUAUCAGACACAUGAAGAUUCACACCGGAGAGAAGCCUCACUCAUGCUCUCCCUGUGGAAGGAGUUUCUCUUCACUAGAACGCCUCACCAACCACAUAAAAAAACUUCACACUAACUAAUCUCACCCGUUCUCCGAAUGUGAAGAGGCUUUUAUACAUCAAGGAUCCCCUAUCAGACACAUGAAGACUCACACUCGAGAUAAGUUUCACUCGUGCUCUCAAUGUGGAAAGACCUUCACUCAAGGAGAAAGACUCAAUAUGCACAUGAGACUUCACAACCCCCCACCCCCCCAAAAGCUUAGAUGUUACAUCUACACUGGUGAUUAGUUAUUAUUCACCAUUCUCCUGCAUUUGUCCUGGAGAUCUCCAAAUCUUCACCUUCUGCUUAACACUUUAGAGAUCAUCUCUGAGGUAUUUAGAGAGUUACUAGAUUGGUCCUCAUUUAUUGCAUUGCUUGUUGUGGAAAAACCUUCUUAAUCACUUAGAAAUUAACAUGUUGAUCUUUGGUUUUCUUCGGCCUUGCGGACUGAUAGUAUUUAAAUGGAAGAACAGACACAGCUAUGCAAUCAGAGGCUCUACUGGGACAUUUAAUACAAAUCUGGCAGCCCUUCCUGGCUUUUAUUGGAGGAACUAAAUCAGACAAUAUGGCAAUGUAAAGAGGGUUGGUGAUAAACCUAUACUAUGUUUAUUUUAGGCUAUUGUAUCUAUUCUGUACAGACACUGAAGAUAAAGGUUUGGGGGGAAGUUUCGUGAAGUUUCGACUGUUUCGUAUAA